ACUAUCUUUGACGCUUUCAUGUAAUGGUCGCUUACGUUUGCUAUGACGGUCAUUUAUAUAUCUACGACGUUUUAUUUAUCAGACUUAAUUCCGAGUUACAAGAAGACUUUUGAAUAGUGCUUUGAGUAAAAAUUAACAUGUCAAAGGAAACAAGUUCGGAAAAGUCAUCAGGAGAUGCUAAGUAUAUAAAAUUUAAGCCAUCACCAAAUUUUAAACACAUGAAGAAGUAUUUAAAAUCAAAGUUUGAGGAGGAUAAGAUAGCAUCUGCAUCAAAUGGCACUGCUGAGUCUUCUUCUAAUAAAACUACAGAAAAUGGCAAUAAGGCAAACAUACAGCCACCGUUACCACCAUAUUCCCCACCACCAGACAGUCCCACUAACUUUACUUUCAAAACUGAAGUCGAGGAUGACUCAUAUGAGUUAAAUUCGGAGGAAAAAACAGAAAAUGGGCAUAUGAAAGAAUAUUCAAUGGAGUUAAAACCAAAUAAAAGAAAGAAAAUUAUGUGUAAAGACUUUGUAAGAGGAUGUUGUAAAAGGGGAGAAGCUUGUAUUUAUGCUCACGAAUUAGAUUUAGACCAACUCAAUGGGGUCUACAAGUUUUGUCGCGACUUUGCAAAUGGAAAAUGCAAAAGACUCCUAUGUUUUUUCGUACAUGCUACCACAUUUGAGAAAGAAAAUUUUUUUAGGACUGGUAUUUUGCCACCUCAUACAUUGAGCCACUUAAAAGAUAUAAAUAUAGUGCGACCACAAUGUAUUCCAGGAGGCCCACCGCGUGAAACUGUACAGCCUGUAUAUGCCAACUCACCUCCAGACUUACAUACGAGUGGGGCCAUUCCUCCAGUACCUUUAUUGAACAUUCCGCAAUCAAGUGUGAAUGGAAAACAUCCUCAGGAUGAGUACCAGUCAUCAAGCACACCGUCAUCUUCCAUUUCUGAACUGAGCCGGGAAUGUUCAGAAAGCGUGCCUUCUACCGUAGUGUUUGAUAAUGAACCUACGCCAGAGGAAUGUCUCGGUUGUGAAGUUUAUAAAAUAAGGUAUCAGCAACAACUGGCGAAAAGGGAUGCUUUACUAAAAUCCACAAAGGCGCUAGAUGAGAAUAUAGCUAAGUUAUCAAAAAAGAAGAAUUGGCUCACCGCAGUAUUAAAAGUCAUGCUAUCGGGUCCGGACACCUACAGCAAUAGUGAUACGAGUGCCUGAAUGUACACAGGUGUGAUAAUAAAAAUAUUUGUAAGCAUUAUUUUUAUACAUACUAUACAAUGUUUCUAUCUUUUGAUAUAUGACAUUGUGCUGAGCGUUUGCUUUGCGACUGUUGUUUAAAUUUGUCUAUUAUGACAAGUAAUAGACAUUUUGUAUUUUUAGCAAAAAAGACUGAUUUUAAAAAUAAAUCUAUUAAUGGUUAAGAUUAGAUUAAGAAGCUACUUGACAGCUUUCAUUUUGUAAUUUAAAAUGUUUAUUUACUAAUGUUAUUCAUUAAUGAAGGCUUAAUUAAUUUAUAUAAUAAAUAAGAAUUAAUAAUUCUUAUUUAAUAAUAAUCACCCGUUUACAAGGGCUGCCUUUUAAGUCGUGACGUUUGCCAACCUCCCACGAUUAUAAAAAAAAAAAUAUGGCAUUUUCAUAUUUUUAAAUUUAGAUUUCGAAAAGAAAAUAAUGUUUUCAGAUUGGUCGAAUUGUUUUAUUGUAUCGUCUAUUCAAAGGUGUCACCUUUGUCGGUUGUAAAAAUGAAAAUAUCUAAGGAAAAUUUGCAUGCCAUAAUUUUCUACAACUUUCAAAGGGGAUUAUCGCGACUUCAGUGCUUUGAGGAGAUCACUUCUGUGUUUAAUGAUGCAGGACCAUGUCUUAGGACUGUAGAUCGCUGGUAUUUAGAAUUUUAACGUGGACACUCUAAUCUCAGUAACAAGCUACGUGAAAGUCAUCCAAAAACCGCCAUGUCGCAAGAGAAUGUCGAAGCCGUGCGGCAGUUAAUCCUCGAAGAUCCUAAAUGACAUACCGUGAAAUAGAGAUAUUUCAAACAAUACAAUUUGAAAGGCAGCUCUCGUAUAAUUGAUUAAAAUGUUAAAAUGUGUGUGUGUAUUUUUAUAUGAUUUAAAAAUUUACCAAAAUAUGCGCACGAAUUUAUGGACUGAUCUGAUAUUUAGAAAUUAAAGACAAUAUUCACUAUUAUCUACCUCGUUAAAUGUAUAAUAACUGAAAUAGUGUGUAGGAGAUGCUGUUUAAAAAUGUUAAUUUAAUUUAAACUAUUUAAAUGUUAGACGUAAAUUGAGGAUUGAGAUUGAGGUUGUUUGUCAGAUGGAAAAAUAUCUAUGAAUGAUGACCGUCAUUGUUUACAAAGAGAUGUAUGAAAAAAUUCGUUCAGUUCAUUCAAAUAUAAUUUUGGUUAUCGGUUUUUUGGGAAUACGAUAAAUAAAACUUUAAUUCAACUCACUCGUUGAGAGUUCCUAUUAUAUUUAUAUUAUAUAUUCAUAUUAUAUUAUAUGUAUAUAAUUUUUUUAGAUAAAAAUAUAUUUGAGUGAUACGUAUACUGUAUAUGUGUUUAUAGAUGUAUACAUAUCAUUACAUACAUACACGUACAUGAGAGUCUGAGAUUAUUAUUUAAAUGUACGCAGCCGUAUUGUUUCUUAUAUGAAAUAAACUGCUAACAAUUACUAUCGUAAUUAAGAAUUUCUUUGAGCUAUAAUAUGGUUUAAAAUUAAACUGCAUAACUGAGUUUAUUUCUUAAAAAAAUUUAGUCAGAAACGUCGUUUUCCUUUAUCCGUAAUAUUUACAGAUAGCUUUAUAAACUGUAAUUAUUUUAUUAAUUAUUUAUGAUUAUCGUGUCGCGAGCUACGUACCCCCUUAUGUACGUAGCUCGCAACUAUUCCAUGUUUUCUGAUUGGUUUUAAAAUAACAUAGGAUGUAUUAUAAUGUAAUAUCUUUUUGGAUUAUUUCUAUGUAACGUUGUGACAGACGCAUGGACGGAUGAAAAAGUUGCAUGACGAGAAAUAAAUCACAUAUACUCUAUAUUUAGUGUGAUUACUAUAUUCACUCAAGUCGUAAGAAUAUUAUCGCUUUCACGCGAUUUUGUAUCGUAUAUGCCUGAGUUUUGCAUAACAAAUACUAUUUGUUAUUUACAAAUACACACCUAAAUACAAUUUUACAUUAUUUGUGUUCAAUCAGUCGGGUAGAAUCCGUGAUACGUGCGUGCACAUGAAGCUAAAGUGAUAUUGGUGGUUACUGUAAUUUUUAGAUUAGAAUAGAAUGGUUUAAUAUUCCUGUAAGUGCAUUAUUAUUUGUGUGUAAUAAUUUUAUUUGAGUAUUCUGUGAUAAAUCCCCAGCGAUGCUUCUAUUACGUACAGGGUAGUCGAUAUUAUCUUUUAUAUGAAAUAUAUAAUAUAUUGAUUGAUGGUUGUGUUGGUUUGGUUAUUUAGAGAGGAUGGAUGAAAGAAUUAUAUUAAUGAAAUGAAUUAUAAAAGAGAUCGAGCAUGAAUAGAGAAGUCGUUAGUGGUCGCCUUAGGAUGAAAUAUGUCAACCAAAUAGGCUGAUGAAGAGCCGAAUUAAAAGUACUUGUUACCACCGCUCUUGUAUGAAUAGCUUGAUGACUGUGAAGGAAGUGAAAGAGAUCAGUUUAAAACGGAGCAUUUGGCAUGAUGGUUAUGUAAAUAUGUAUAACAUAUUGAUGAAAUAAUUAGUCGUUGAUGUUUUAUUUUUACUUUUAUUAAUUUCUGACAGUUUAGAACUGACUAAUGUUAUGGUUUUAAUGGAAAUUUGAGUUACAGUGACACUAUGAUAAAUAGCUAAAGUAGCACUUUACAUACCAAAUUGCAAUUUUAUAUGUAAAUGAGUAGAUGUAGAGAAUUUACUAGCAAUUUAUAAAUAGUGUAUACUGCCUGUGUUGGACAGAACAACUGUCUGGUGUAUAUUUACGAAAAAUGCUUGCUCUUAUGUUUUAUGGGUAUAUUGCAGUAUCUAAUAUGUUGAAUAAUAUUCAAUAUGCUGAGCUAAUGUAAGCGCAAAACAUGUGUUUAUUUACGACAUCACAUUAGAAACCUCUAAAUUUGUCAGUAUGUCAUGUAUUAUACAUAUAAACCUUCCUCUUGGAUCGCUUCAAAAUCCGUUGCAUAGUUUUAAAGAUUUAAGCAUACAUAGGGACGGACAAACAGCGACAGUGACUUUGUUUAUAUAUAUAUAUAUAUAUAUAUAUAUAUAUAUAUAUAU